UUACAGGUCGUGACGGAUUUAGUUCAAGGCGAAUUCAUGCAGUUGGGUUCGAAAGAAACGGAAAACGAAAGAUUCGCUCACUACCUCACCAAGACCUAUAGAAAAACUGCGUCUCUCAUGGCCAACUCGGUCAAAUCUGUGGCACUUUUGAGUGGAGCAGACGCAGAAUUGGCUGAUCUCGCCUUUCAGUAUGGACGAAAUUUGGGUUUAGCUUUUCAAUUAGUCGACGAUCUUUUGGAUUUUGUGUCGUCAUCUGCCCAAACGGGAAAACCAACGGCUGCAGACUUAAAGCUCGGACUAGCCACAGCACCUGUUCUUUUUGCUUGUGAAAAGUUUCCGGAACUAAAUGCAAUGAUAAUGCGUCGGUUCCAAGAACCGGGUGACGUAGAAAAGGCGUUCGAAUUCGUUCACAAAUCGAACGGUUUAGAACAAACUCAGUAUCUAGCAAAACAACACUGCCAAGAGGCCGCCAGGAUAGCCAGCAUUAUAGCGGAAAGUGCCUUCCAAAAGGCCCUCAUAGUCACAACAGACUUGGUUCUGAAUCGCAUGAAAUAGCGACGAGUUUUACUUACAGUCAAAAUAAUAUUAAUUAUUGUUAAUAGCAAACAAACAUUUUGGAAACACAAUAGUCAUGCAUGUAUACAUGCUUUCGUUCCAUUUUCUAAUUAGUAAGUAAUAAACUCGGGGGAUUUGUGAUUCCCUUUCGAGAAUUAUAACUCACGACCAGUUCCAAACUUUAAAGUCCAUUUUGCUCUUUUUUUAUUUAUGUCGUAUUGCUGUAAGUGUAUAAUAUAGUAAUAUAUAUAUAUA